AUGGGGGGGACCCCCGACUCUCUUUCUUCUCCUAGUUUGGCCACCAGUGCACACCUGGGGGCCCCCCGCUGGGAGGGUCCCAAUGUGCAUACAGAAGGAGCAAAUAUCCCUGUGGGGCCCCUGGGGCCCCCUGAGAGCAGCCAUGGGGCCCCAUCAGUACCAGAGUGCCCCGCAGCCACACAGGCGUCCGACGAAGCAACAGCAGCAACAGCAACAGCAGCAGCAGCAGCAGCAGCAGGAAGUGCAGCACAAGGAUGCACGCAUUCUUAUAAGGAGAAAGGUACUUUUGCUGCCUCUGCUUCCUGUGAUAGUCCCCCUACUUGUGCAUCUAGUAAUGGGGGCCCCCAUCCUCUUAAUACCCUUGAGGAAUGCUGCUUGGAUAGGGGCCCCCGAGGCGCUGCAGUAGCAGCUCCAGCAGCAGCUGCAGCAGCUGCAGCAACAGGAUCAGGAGCAGCAACAACAAGACCAACAGCAGCACUUGCAGAACCUGCGGCAGCAGCAGAAGUAGCAGCUAAUGCAGCAGCAGAAGCAGCAGCUAAUGCAGCAGCUAAUGCAGCAGCAGAAGCAGCAGCUAGUGCAGCAGCAGCUGCCGACCCUGGGGGCCCCCAACGGUGCAAGAGGCCCAUUGGUUAUGUCGAGGGAAGAAGGUCUAGCGCCAGCAGCAGCAGCAGCAGUAGCAGCAGCAGCGGCAGCAGCAGCAACCGUUGCAGAAGGCAGAAAGGAGACACAGCAGCAGCAGCAGGACGUCCUUGGUGUCGAUACACCUGGACCUUCGCGCAGCACUUUAGGGACCCUGAGCUGCUGCUGCUGCAUGCAGCAGCAUUUGCUGCAGCAAGAAAACGUAAGGAGACAAUUUAUAAGAAUAAUAGGCAACAAGGAGACACUAUAGAUACCAGUGAGCAGCAGCAGCAGCAGCAACAGCAACAGCAGCAGCAGCAACAGGAGCAACAGGAGCAGGACCACGACCAGCAGCAUCAAGACCAACAGCAAGAGCAGCAGCAUCCAGACAAACAGGAGCAACAGCAGCAGCAACAGCUGCAGCAACAGCAGCAACAGCAGCAACAGCAGCAGCAGCAACAGCAGCAAACAAAUACUACCCUUAAUCUAUUACGUAUACCUUUACGUAUUAUACAUAAUACUGCGGUGUAUGUACACCCCAAUAAUAAUGAUGAUUCUUCUCCUCAUCAUCUCUAUUAUGCAAUUGAAUAUGAUACUGAUGAAGGGGGCCCCCUGGGGGCCCCCAAAGAGGGGGGCCCCCAGGGGGGCCCCCCUGCUGAUAAAGAAUCGUUGAUGGCAGCAAGAGAACUUCUUGUAUGGCAAUCCGAACAACUUGGAUUUACAGAGGAGACAAAGGAGACAGCACGGCUGCCGCUGCUGCUGCUGCGGGGGCCCCUCAAGGAAGGGGACGAUUGGCCUGUUGCUGUAUUAGACCCUCAGGGGCCCCCUAUACCUAAGGAACAUACGGUGCCCAUUGUAUUGGAGCACGUAGGUGGUGCAGUAGAGCGUGUGGGGUGUACAGACACCUCAGAGUGUUUAUCUUUUCCUCUUCCUCUCCUCCAAUGGGGUACAGAGGGGGGGCCCCCCAAUAUAAUUGAGGGGGGGGCCCCUUCAUUAUCCGGUGGGACCCCCCUCCCUGCUGCUGCUGCAGAGGGGCCCCCCUGGCAGCUAGUCUGUUCGCAACUAUGUACUGCAGCAGCAUUCGUAUUAGAUAUAGAUAUACCCUUGCUGCUGGAGGCCCCUGGGGCCUCCAUAUUCAAGGCCAAUUGCCAAUUCUGCUUGCUGCAGGAUCUUAUGCAUGCUGCUGCUGGGGGCCCCCUUCUGUACCCUGAGGGCCGCACGACGUCUAUUAUUCUGCCGGAGUUUAGGGAAGAAUCAGCAGCAGCAGCAGCAGAGAUAGCAGCAACAGCAGCAACAGCAGAAGCAGCAGGAGAAACAGAAACAGCAGCAACAGCAGCAGCAGCAGCAACAGCAGCAACAGCAGCAACAGCAGCAACAGCAGCAGCAGCACAGCCAACAAGUGCUGCUGCUGAUGACAACUCAGGAACACAGCAGCAAGACGAGUAUACUGACCUGCAGCAGCAGCAGCAUUCGCAGAAGCAACCGCAACAGCAGCAGCAGCAGCAACAGCAGCAGCAGCAGCAGCAGCAAGAGCAGCAGCAGCAGCAGCAGCAAGAGCAGCAGCUGCGCUCCCGUGUUGUUGCUGCUUGGUUAUCAUGGAAGGAAGCCCAUGAGAGACACAAGCAGCUGUGGAGACACCUCAAGCCUUGCAUGCAGUGCAGCAGAGACAGGACCCUUGCAGGUAGAGGGGGCCCCCUAUGGGGGCCCCUCCAAGGGGCCCCCAUAGGGGGGCCCCUAGGUGGGCCCCAAGGGGGACCCCGAGACCCUGUAGGAUAUUCAAUAGAAGCAGCCUUCUUCUGCCGUCUUGUUUACCUGCAUACAGGGCCCCCUGCUGAAUACACCACAGGGGAAGGAGAAGCACCAGACCCUGUUGCUGCUGCUGCUGCUGCAGCAGCAGCAGCAGAAAGUGCGCUGCUGCUGCAGCAGGAGAGCGGUGAGUGUUGGGAAUUCGAUGACUGGCCUCCGCAGCAGCAGAAGGGGGCCCCCGCUUCAGGAGCAGCAGCAGCAGCAGCAGCAGCAGCAGCAGCAGCAGCAGCACAAAGUAAGGAGACCGGUGUCCUUAAAACAAAUCGUAGUACCCUCGGGGCCUCCCUGGGAAAGAGACGUUCCUGCAGCAGCAGCAACAGCAGCAGCAGCAGCAGGGGCCCCCUGCUGCUGCUGCAGGAAGAAUAUUCCAACAUAAGACCUAAAGGGAUUACAGCAGGGGAGGUAGCGGGGGCCCUACGAGGGGCCCUAGGCUUGCUGCCAUCUAACAGUACCCAACAGCAGCAGGAGGAGGAGCAGCAGCAGCAGAAGCAGCAGCAGCAGCAGCAGCUGGAUACAAUUAAGUAUAUGCUGCGUUGGUGUCUCCAAGUGCUGCAGCAGCUGCAUAAGGAAGAGAGGGCCCUUAAUACUAUCUCCUGUCUCCUUAUUAAUAAUGAUAAUAUUAGGGAGGGGCCCCCGCCUGCUGCUGCUGCUGCUGCUGCUCCUGCUGCUCCUCCUGCUUCUGCUCCUGUUGCUGCUCCUGCCUGGGCACACUCACAAGAUAUAGGCAGGGAAGGACUGGAUACCUAUGCAGGGGUGCCACAAGGGCCCCGUAUACAAGAGCCGCUCUAUCCUGCUGCUGCUGCUGCUGCUGCUGUUGCUGCUGCUCCUAUUAGCAGCAGCAGCAGCUACAGCAGCAGCAGCACUGGUUUCCUGUUUCCAGGUCCCCUCAUGUAUCAAGGAAUAGCAGCACAAGGGGGUACUACCGUCCCUCAAGGGGGCCCCCUCGGGGCCCCCCUGCAGGAUGGGGGCCCACAAGGGGCCCCCUUGAUUGAUGGGGGCCCCCCACGAGGUACUGUGAGCGACAGCAGCAGCAGCUCAAUGGCAUUGUCUUCUAUCUCCUCUGAAUGCAGCAGUCCUGCGGGCCCCCUGUGGGAGUCUGUGAAGGGGGGCCCCCCCCUAGCGAACACUGCUGCUGCAGGGGGGCCCCCUCGUGGUGCCCUUAACAGUACUAGGCUGCAGCAAGAAGAAGCAAGAGAAGAAAGAGGGGAUAACAUGGGGGGGCCCCCUACCCAAUUAACAACAAGGAUAAGAGGGGACCAGGGGCCCCUCCCUAACAAAAGGAAGAGAAGGGGAGGCCCCUGUGAAGGUGCCCCUAGCACUGUUUCUGCUGCAGCAGCAGCAGCAGCAGCAGCAGUAGCAACCCGCGGACAGCGCUACAACAGCAGCAACAACAGCAGCAGCAGCAGCAGCAACAGCAGCAGCAACAGCAGCAGCAGCAGCAGCAUUGUUGCAGAUAGAGACAGGAGCCUAGCAGCAAAGGCAAGAGAAAUGCAUCCAGGUAUUAAGGGAAUCUAUUGGCUUAAUGGAGGAUGGGUUGCAUGCUUCCGUGGUCGUCGUGUGUCCUCAUUAGGGGGGCCCCCUAGCAGGUUAGAUAGGAAUGCAAUAAGAAAGGAAUUCCCUGUUAAGGGAGAGGAGGAGCUAGCUACUCAGCUAGCUGCUGCUUGUGAGUUUAUUGAGCAGCAGCAGCAGCAGCAGCAGCAGCAAGAACUGCAACAGCAGCAGCAACAGCAACUGCAGCAACUGCAGCAACAGCAGCUACUGCAGCAGCAGCAGCAGCAGCAGCAGCAGCAGCAGCAAGAUCAAGGGCAUCUUAGCUUCAGCGAAGACAGUACAAGUCCUCAGGGGGCCCCUGUAGAUGGUAUAGUACGUCGGAGCACGGGGGCCCCCUCUACAGACCAUCAAGGCAUACUAUCUGUGGGGGGCCCCCCACCGUCUGGGGGCCCCCAGAUAGAAGAGGGUACUAGUAUAGAUAUGCAGGUACAGGCCCUCAAGCCUUUUGCCUAUCCUUGUAUAUCAUGGAGUAGGGUUAAGAAAUGUUUUUGUCUACGUAUCUUCCAAUUACCUCAUUCUCCUUCUCCCUUGGGGGCCCCCAAGUACCCUGGGGGGCCCCCUAUGGGGGCCUCAGGGGGCCCAGGGGGCCAAGGGGGACCCCAGACAGACCCAGGGGCCCCCAGAGGGGCCCCCAGAAAAAGAAGAGGUAAACUACUAUACAGCAAAACAUUCAGUAUUAAGACUUAUGGGGGCCCCCAGGGGGCCCUUGCUGCAACAUAUAAGGCAGCAAAAGCAGUAGGGUACGAACCCUUAAGACCCUUAGAUGGGGACCCCUUAAUUGAGGGGGGCCCCCCAACAGUUGGGGCCCCCAACACAGACAUCUUGGGGGCCCCAGCAAGAGAGGCUCUGGAAGGUCCCCCUGGGGGCCCCUCUGAGGGGCCCCUGCAAGCUGGUACCCAUGUCGAGAGGGAUGGGGGCCCCCACUGCCUACCCUUUGACGAAGAAAGGGCCCCUGGAGGGCCCCUGAACUCAGAGGGAGCCAUGUUUGCUGGGGGGCCCCAAGGAGAAGCAGGGUACGGCCAUGAGGAGACAGCAGCAGCAGCUGCUGCUGCUGCAGACGACAACUCAUCAAUGGGGGCCCCUAAGCGUGAAUGUGCAGAAGGGGACACCGAGGGGCCCCCGACUGAAGAUGGUACUGAAGAGGGUACUGCGGUACAAACAAGGAUGCAGACAGAAGAGGAGGGCAGGGGGCCCCCCCUUCAGCAGCAAGUGAUGGGGGGCCCCCUAUACCAUGGUGCCCUUCCAACAGCCACUCCCUGCAGCAACAAAGAAGGGACUUCCUUGGGGGGCCCCCCUGACAAUAGGGUAGUUGAGGGGGGGGCCCCAAUCCCUCAUAUACCCGAGCAGCUGUACCCUUCUGUCCCCUACGGAACAGCAGCAGAAGGGGCCCCUAGUUCAGCCGCUGAUGCUGCUGCUGUUCCUACAACUACAACAGCAGACGGACCAGCAGCAGCAGCAGCAGCAGCAGCAGCAGCAGGGAGCGUUGAGCAUAAGGGGCCCCUCUUUGCUUCUGGGGGACCCUGGGGGCCCCCUCUCAGCGACAAGGAGGAGGAGAUGGGGGGGCCCCCAGCCUUGCCUGAGGAGGCCCCCUCUAAGUACGAUUCAGUGGACCCAUGGCGUCCCUGUGAACCCUCUCCUGAGGGCCCCAGGGGCCCCCCGCAGCAGCAGCAGCACCAACAGCAGCAGCAGCAGCAGCCGAUGUACCAGGGGGCCCAUCGCGGUGCCUGGAGGGGGGCCCCCAGGGGAAGCAGCAGUAUGAGGUCCCUAGAACAGCAGCAAAGGGACAGAUGGGCGGGGGCCCCUUCAUCCAACAUAGGCAACAGGGACCCAAGGGGCCCUUGGGGGCCCCCCAGGGACAGGGAGGGGGCCUCCAGAAGCAGGGGGCCCCACAGGGAAAAUAGUGAGGCCCCUCGUUCCUUGGAUGCAGCAGCAAGAUCCAACAGCAGCAGCAACAACCAGCAGCCAAAGCAUCUGCAGCAGCAGCAGCCGCAGCAGCAGCAACAAAGGGAAAUGCCCCAUUAUAAGGAUGAAGGGACAGCAGCUCGCUGGCAGCAGGGGCCCCCAAGGAAAGGGCCCCCGUACCCUUCUCUUAGGGGGCCCCCCAGGGGUACACCCGUAAGGAGACAGAGGGACUUCUCUCCCCAUCGUCUGCGGCCAAGGGCCUACAGGCGCAGCAGCAGCAGCAGCAACAGACGCAGCAGCAACAGCAGUAGCAUCUACAGGACAAGGAACAGGAAGUUCCGCAAGAGUAGCCCCAUCAGCAGCAGCAGCAGCAGCAAGGGGCCAAGACAGCAGCAGGGGAGACAGACUGCAGCAAGGACAAUGUACAGCAGCAGCAGCAGGCGCAGCAGCAGCAGGACCCGCAGAAGGCGCAGCAGCAGCAAUAACAACAACAACAACAACUGCAGCAGCAGCAGCAGAGCAGAAAGACUUAGACGAACUGCAGCAAGCGCGAGGAGGAGAUGGCCCCGCAGCAGCAGCAACAGCAACAGCAGCAGCAACAAACGCAGCAACAGCAGCAGCAGCAAAAGCAGCAGCAAAUACAAAUCCUUGUCUUACCAGCGAAGACAUACGCUAGCCCGCAAGCGCCCCCCACCCACACCAAUGCAGCAACAGCAGCAGCAGCAGCAGCAACCGCAGCAGCAGCAGCAGCAGCAGCAGCAGCAGCAGCAGAAGCACCGGCUGCGGCGCUGCAGCCCAGAGACAGCGAGGUCCUCACAGUGGGAAUACCGUGGUACGCACUGCAGCAGCAGCAGCAGCAGGAACACCAGCAGCAGGAACAGCAGCAGCAGCAGCAGCUGGCAGCAGCGUCAACAGCAGCAACAGCAGCAACAGCAAGAGCAGCAGCAGCCACGCGAGCGCAUGCAGCGUAAAAUAACCCCAUGGGAGCUGGGGGGCCCCCAAUGGAGGGACAGAGGCCCCCCAAGGGGACAGGAGCAAGGAGGGGUAAAUAUCGAUGGCAGUAGCAGCAACAGCAACAAACGUAACAGGGGAAGAGGCAGGCGCAGCAGCAGCACCAGCAACAGCAGCAGACGCAGCAGCAGCAGCAGUAGGGGACGCAGAGAGAGGAGUACCUUCCGCGAGCGAAGGAGAGAGAUAGAUGCAGCUGUUAAUGACGCAGCAGCAGCAGCAACAGCUGCUGCUGCUGCUGCUGCUGCUGCUGCAGAAAAGCGCAUCGACAGCAUCCAGUCAUUCGAACAGCAGCAGCAGCAACAGCAGCAGCAACAGCAGCAGCAGCAGCAGCAGCAGCAGCAGUUACCCUUAGAUCUGUCCGAUGAAAGGGGACACUUUGCUCCUUAUAAGAGGAGACAAUUGUCUCCUCCCUUAAUACAAGAGGAAACGCAUGCAGGGGGCCCCCUGUCUCCUUAUGGGGGGCCCCAAGGGUACAGGGGGGCCCCCACUGGUGCCCCAAUGAGGGGCCCCAUGGGGCCCCCACCUACACUAGAGGCAGCAUUCGCUAGCAGCACGAAGGUGCAGCAACGCAGCAAAAAAAUAAGUGUAUCCUUAAGAGGAGACAGUAUAAGGAAUAAGGACGCAAGGUAG